GCCAAAUUGCGCAACUACUCCAUCACAAAGUCCAGCAGACAUCGACGCUCGCUCUGCAGGGAGGUCUGUGCGAUCGAGGCUUGGUGCUCCAUCGCUCUCCGACACCGUCUUGGACAAAGCACCACUUCCGGGACAGGAAAACAUCAACAUGCCGAUCGAUCACCUCAUGCUCAAGGUCAAGGACUGGUCCAAGGCCAAGGCGUACUACACCACUGCUCUGAAACCCCUCGGCUAUGAGCCUGUCGCGGAUUGGGGCACUGGAGGCGGCUUCGGAGUGGCAGGCCAGCCAGGCAACAUCUACGUCAAGCAAGAGGAGAAGCCAACGCGCGCCCACUUUGCUAUCCUGGCGCCGUCCGAGGAGUCUGUGAAGGAGUAUUACAAGCUGGCGCUGGAAAGCGGGGGGACCGACAACGGCGCCCCCGGCUUCCGCGCGCAUUACGCGCCGGACGGCGUCGGCUGCUUUGUCAUCGAUCUGGACGACAACAACAUCGAGGUCGUGUACCGCCCCUGAACGGUCUGCGCACCAACGGAAAUGUGAUAUUCGUACUCUGGUGCCUGCAUUCCUCUUUCUUUGAUCUGGAUGAUAACAACAGCUGAGGGGUCGGCAUGUGACUGUGCUGUAUGUGACGAUUCAGCACAGUAGGUGUGUUUGAAAUUUGAAAAUCAGAAUCAGAGUCCAGCUUGGCACGCAACGAUUGGGCGGUGCAAGUCUGCUUUUGAAACUACCUGGGUCCUUCCUGCAUGUCAGCUUGCAGUGCUAUCCAAGCAACAUAUGUGGGGAAACCAAGGGAGUUCUAGCUAGCUGGUUUGCUCUGAAAUGAAUUGAGUACUUGAGAAGCACAGAAGCCUGCAAGGCCAUGGAUGGUGCAGGGGCAGCCGACAUUCUGUGGCUGCCCCUGGGCGAAAACUGAGCACACUAUGCCUGAUCUCCAGUUGCUUAUAUUGAGAAAAGUGUGUCUCAGAGCUGCACUGCAUAUGCAGCCUUGCACCAUCCAUGCUACCGUGUUUGUGCUGUGCUCCUGACGUGGGACAUGUGUGCUCCGUUAGUUUCCUGUCCAGCAAAAGUAUACUUGUCUGCCGCUAGUGCUUUUGAUGAGCAGAUACAGACUGCCAGGCAACCACUAGGGGGCCCUUUUCCCCUCUGGAUUUUCAAGUCCAGUCAGCUAUCACUAAUGAUACUGUGAAAUGUGGGUUAAAUUGUUGUGUGAUAUGUGAUCUUCUUGCGUUGUGAUGCACGUGCCUGCAUGCAGUCUGGGGCUAUCAUAGACACAGCAUGUAAUUGCUUCCCCGC